AUGCCCAGUGCGACAGUCAUCCGCGCAGCGUUUUUUGCUGUCGGCGCUGCUGUCGGCGGAGGAGUCGCCACUGCCCUCGGUGUAUCCAAGAGGAAAGAGCUCGCAGUCGCCGUUCCAGCUUCGACCUCUGCUUCGCAAAACUUUCCAGUCAUUGACACCGGUGCCAAAGGAGACUUGCGCCUGUCGCCUUCAGCAAAGUCCGAGAUUGUUCCUGUGUUAAAAUAUGGCAACCCGGGCCCUCUUUCAGACCAGCUCGUUAGAAAGGCAUACGCAGCUGCUUAUGAUCGCCGUCUGCGACACCCUGCCUGGACAGCAGAGCAUCUGACCGCAUCGUCUCUCGGACGCUCUGGAUCUGGGAAGGGUUCAUCAGAGAGUGAGAAGGGUGACCGUCAGAAAUCGCAAUUCAAGGAAGACGAGGCAAUUCCUUUGCCUUUCCGCGCACGGCUGCAGGAUUAUUUCCGGAGUGGUUAUGACCGUGGCCACAUGGUUCCAGCCGCUGAUGCGAAGAAAUCCCAGGAUGCGAUGGACGAGACGUUCCUUCUUUCUAACAUCGCGCCUCAGGUUGGUGCAGGGUUCAACCGUCACUACUGGGCCUACGUAGAGGAUUGGUGCCGGCGUCUGACUGGCUCCUUCGCGGAUGUGUAUGUCUUUACCAUUCCUUUAUACCUCCCACACCGUGAUCCAGACGGUAAAUGGCGAGUGACGCACGAAGUAAUUGGCAACCCUCCAAAUAUUUCUGUACCGACGCACUUCGCCAAAGUCGUUCUCACGUCGCGGCCAUCUUCUCCUUCCACACCCAACGUCUUCGAGAUCUCGACAGGUGCGUUUGUCCUCCCAAACGCGAUUAUUCCGGACGAGGCACCGUUGGAAAGCUUCGUGGUCCCUGUUGAGACAGUAGAACGUGCCGCAGGUCUAACCCUUUUCUCGGACGCAAUCAAAAAUGGGUCGAAGCACAUCUGCAAGACGACCAAGUGCGAUGUCAUUGUGCGCCGAUUUGAUGAUGCGCAGAAAAAGCCCAAGGCUAUCUCUCACUAGUCUACCUUUGCAUCAGACGCGGUCUGCCAUAGAAUGUUUCAAACUGUCAAGGUUCCAUGGCAUGCUAGGAGUGAUAUUAUAUGAAUUUAGAAGUCAGAUAGCAUAUCCUUGGUUGCAUCCC